UCUGUCUCCAGCCCUUGAGUGACGAAUCAGAUUCUUUUUUCCAUGCUGGAUUUUACUGCCUCCAAACUUAACUGUUUUGACACUAGAGAAAUCCUCUUGUUUCUCCCCCAAAGACAUGCAAAAUUGUUCUAUGCUGCUGGAGAUGUGAACUCCUUGCUGCACUGCCUCUCUCCUCGUCCACAAACUCAAGGGCCUGAAUUACCAGCCACAGAUCUAAAAGCUCUCGCUGAAUCUGGAUGGAAUAUGGACAAGGAGAUGAAUAGCAGAAGGGAAGAAAGAGUGAAGUUGGUUAUUUUUCUGGCACAUGGAUGCAAUUACACUCGGUGCAUUCCAGAGGCGUUCCUUUGAAUCCUGUGCAGGUCUGCCUGCUGUUCCUGGGAGAAAGGAAGAAAAAGGGAGGAAAAGUCCCCCUCUUGCCUGGAGACGGAAUGUCUGCACUUUCCAUCCUCUUUUUAGCUUCCUGUUCUGUUUGGCUGGCUGAGGCUCAGACUGAAUUUAAGAGAGUGGCUGAAGAAAACGUGACUUUGCCCUGUCACCACCGCCUGGGCCUCCUGGAGCAAGGAAGCUUGGAUAUUGAGUGGCUGCUGCACAUUUCUGAAACGGUGCAAAAAGCGGUGAUCACUUACUCUGGAGGCCGUGUUUAUGAUGACCUCAACGAGGAGCAGAAAGGCCGUGUUUCGUUCACAUCCAACUUCCGUGCUGGAGAUGCAUCCUUACAGAUCAUAUCCCUGCAGUCCAGUGAUGCAGGGAAUUACAUAUGUAAGGUCAAAAAAGCUGGGCAGUAUGAAUGGGUUCGCAUCACCCUGAAGGUUGUAGAGAAGCCUUCCAAGCCCAAGUGCUGGCUAGAAGGGGAGCUGUCAGAAGGAAAAGACCUUUCCUUGCAGUGCCGCUCAUCUUCUGGCACUGCCCCCAUCUCCUACCGAUGGCAGCGCAUAAAUGAAGAGGAUGAGAGAGCUGAACAUCUCCCGCCCACAUCGAGAGUCAACAUUUCUAAUCCUGGGCAAGUCUUACUGAAGAAUCUUACCCAGAUGAGUACAGGGUUAUACCAAUGUAUUGCUACCAACGAGGCUGGACAAGAAAGCUGUGUUGUGCAGGUGACAGUGCAGCAUGCACAAAAUAUCGGUAUGAUUGCUGGAGCAGUUUGUGGUGUGGUGGUGGGACUUGCCCUCCUUUUCCUGGUGGUGAGGUUGACAAUAAGGAGGAAAGAAAAGAAGAGAUAUGAGGAAGAGGAGGCCCCAAAUGAAAUUAGAGAAGACGCGGAGGCACCCAAAGCCCACCUUGUCAAGCCCAGUUCCUCUUCCUCUGGUUCCAGGAGCUCACGCUCAGGUUCCUCCUCAACCAGGUCGACAGCCAACAGUGCCUCUCGCAGCCAACGAACUUUGUCAACAGAAGCUACUCCCCAUCUGACUCCUCCCCAGUACAGCCAGAGGGAGACGGAAGGGAAGGAAACUGAGCCAAGGAAAGUCGACUAUGCUAACCUGGUGAAAAUGGGAGCCACGCAGGUCAUGGUGCCUGCCCAAAGCCGGGCGUUCCAGACAGUGUGACCGCUCACCAGCCACCUGGAGGAGACUCCUGCCAUCCAGAAGCACUUCACACACCACCAGCCACAUAGGAAUUGUUAGAUUAGCUAGUUAUCUCCCUGGUCAGCUUAAUUUUAAUCACUUGUGAUUAUUGACACAACAAGAAGCCCUCCCACUCAACUCUUUCUUGUAUCUUCCAGCACUUGAGGUUCUGAUACAGAUUUUAUUUUUUUUAAAGAAGGAUAAAAUUGAGGGGAAAGGGAAGCUUUUUAUUUUAAUUACCUUGAUGGAAAUGGAACACUCAGCAUUUUAAAACUACAGUUGAAAAGUGUCAGCUAAGAGCUGUACAAAUGAAAUGAAGCCAAACUUCGGGAUUUUUUUAAAAGGGAUCAAUAGAAGACAAAAAGACACACAGUAUUUCAGUGAGUUUUAAAGGGGAGUGGAAAGUCUCUUGUACUGUUUUUGGAGAACUUUCUAAAAGAUGCAUUGAAGAUUUUGAGGUAGCCUCUGCUGAGGCUAGCCUGGUGGUCAAACAUCAAAGGGAACAGACACUUCGCAUUUUCUGCAUUCAUUCUUCAAGUGAAAUAAUUUUGGAAGCUGUAACUAAAGCAGAAAGGAAAGGAUAACUCAAAAAGGUCUAGAGAUGCAGACUUAAGGCAUGUGUCUGAACUAACCUCUACUAAAGAGAAAGGAGUCUUUAUGUCAAGGAAACAGAGGUGCUUUAAUUGCCAGAACAAAAUUAAUGAUGCGUCCUAAGAGAUAAAGCAAGGAGCUGGACUCUGCUUUUAUGGACAGUGCUGUAAAGCUGCAGUAACUCCACUGGAGUUGUGUCUGUGUCAAAUGAGCCUUAGUGAGAUGAGAAUUGGGUGCUUAAUCCAAAAUGGAGGCAUACCUCAAAAACUGAGGGCCACCGACCUACCAAAAAGCCGGAAGGAAGCAUUCGAAGGAUUGCCAGGUUUUGAAUUCACCAGUUUUUGGGUGAGCCAUGCUAUAGAAGCCUUGGAGAGCUCUUCUCAAGGUUGAACAAAGAGCAUUUUUGGACUGACCUUCAGGCAUCCAGGUAAGACUGAAGAUGGAGUGACAGAGCAUGUAAUGAGGGAAAUACACUGGGGACAGGUAAACAGGUGCAAUGAUAAAGGAAGAAAAUAUCUGUGUGCAGUGACACACAUAUAUCAACCUGUGGGCCAUAUGCUAUUUUUGAGGCUUAAACAUUAGCAGGACUCUUAAAUAAACAAACAUACAAAAAUUGCAAGAAUCAAAAUAAAAACAAACAAAACCCUUCCUGUGACUGUUAGCCAGAAUAGACAUUUUCAAGGGGUAUAGUCUUAUGCUUCAAGUGAAAGGCCAAUAAGAAAUUAUGAGAGAGAGCGCCAGGUCUUCCUCUGGAGGCAGGUGUUCCCAUAAUUGUCUGUCAUUUAUACUUUUCUCUGAAGGCCUUGGCUCUGACCACUGCUACACAGAAGACACUGAGCUUAUAUGUUCUAAAUUCAUAUAUUCCUAAAUUGAUGUUUUUCCUUUAAAAAAAAAAAAAAAAGUGAUUUUUUUCAUCUGAGGGAAGGAAGGUUUUCUCCAAUAUGUGGAAUGCGUCUACAGGAGAUGGAUCAGCACAGAAGAACCACAGAUUUCUGAAUCUUUCACUCUAGGGCUUGUAAUUAAUCUCUUUUUCUGAGACCCAGAAUUCUAGCUUACAAGCUUGAGAUCUUAGAAAAUCUGAUUAAAAUGAGGCCUUGUUUGGGCUAUGUCUGUAUGAGAAACAGUUUUCAAAUUUGCCCUAUACUACCUGAGAACUUCUCUUCCUAAUAACAGCCAUGCAUUUUCAUUCCCACCUGCUGAGAUUCUGCUUCUUCUCUGUACCACAGUUACCUAACAACCCCCAGUAUGACAAAAUACUAACUUGUUGUGCAGGGAAGGUCUUGCGUCACAGGUUUAAACAAGGGGAUUAGCUGUUUGUGAAGCUUUUACUUUUAUGAGGGCUCCUGGUAUCGGAUCCCUUGCGAUUUUACCCAGGCAGUUUCCCUGGUUACUCCAGAGGUGCCUUCCUGGGUCAGCUUUGUUCUGGUGGGUUUGGCUGUGGCUGUUUGGAAGCAGCAGCUGUGUCUGUGUCUCUUCUGCUGUUGCUUUUUUCGUGGGCCCUGGAGGCCUAAGCACUGCAAGGUGCUUACAAGGCUCUCCAGAGCUAGGAAAGUCCUGAAGAAAGGCAUGAGAAGGACUUCUAAAGUAGCCUGUGGCCAUUAUGGUUGCCUAUUGUGCUUGAUUUACCUCAGCAGAUUAUCUGGGGACACCUGUUCCAUGCAGAGAAAACCAGGGGUGAAUUUCUCAGCAAAGCAUAUAUGCCUGAGCAGCCUGAUCACCACAAAAUGAGGAUAACAGAUCAAAAGGCUGAGCUGGUUACAGUUUAAGCACCGAAUACUGUCGGCUAGCUUUGAGUCACAGGCCAGGCUGGCAAUUAGCAAAGAGAAGGGUGCUCUGCCUACAGCCUGGGGGCUGCUUGCUGCCAGCUAUGAGAAUGUGCCCAGCCUGCACCAAGCAGCUGCCUUCCUGGAGGCCUUGGGGAGCAUGCUGCAAGCUGGAGCCACCAUGGCAGCCCUCUCCUGCUGUCCAGCUUUCCUGGAGCAGGGAAAUCAAUCCCUGUCAACUGUCUGCCUCCAUGAGAUGAAAGAUUUAUGGGCCUUGGGAAAAGCUGGAAGCAAUAGCUGAAGCCUGGUGUGUGAUAAUUCCUGGCUGUUCUGAGCCUUGGUUGGGAAGCAGGAGGCCAAGUGCCCACUAUCCAUGCACAUGCAAACUGCCCUGUGUACAAAACCAUGUCAGGAAAACCACUGUGACCCUCUCCAGCCAUGGCAUUAAAAUGUAUGGCCCCAGCCAGAAAGCGUGGUGAUUUAAAAUCAUGAAGUCUGAAAUGAAGUGGUGCUUUUCAGCCCGCACGCCAGUGAUCUCACAGGUGAACGCUAAAUCAAUUCCAUGCUUCAGUUGCUAGCACGAAGCCCAAAAGAGAAAAGUUCAUUACUCAAAGGAAAUAUGAAAAAGAGAUUAUUUCUAAGGGAUUUCAUUUUCAAGGGGACGUUUUCUGGUCUCCAGAUGAUGCUAUCAGGAGUUGCACAAGGGAAACAAAUGAACCAUAAGCCAAACUCUAUUUUGUAAAAUAGUGUACUUAAAGCAUUUACUGUUAUAUACCAGUUAUUACUAGUGUGAUUAAAUGCGUACAAUUUUAUGUAACUUUCUUUUGUCUCAGCAGCUAAACUGAGCUUACAUCUCUUCUAUCUGCUAUAAUUGGUGUACUUGUACUGUGUCUGAACAACUCAGAGGAAAGCAAAUAUUUAUUAUUGAUUCCUUUGAAUCAAUGAUUUCGUAAUUUUUUGUUGUUGUUGUUGGUUGUUUUAUAAAUAAAUAUGCUGCAGCUGAACUGCUGCAGCUCAACUAAA